CGGGACACUAUGGCAGUCGCCAUGGUAACCUUUGAACCUGGUCUUACGCACGCAGGUGGCGCGUCUCGGUCUGGCAGACAACACGAGCGGACGCCGAGCUUCGCGGACUUUUGCUAAAACUUCUUUUUUUUAUUAUCUGGGAGCCGCUAGUGUGGCUGAACUUUGUGAGAAUGGGGAUGUUCUCCUUCUUGUGGUCCUGGUUGCCCGGUUGGACCGGCCUGCCCUGGUUGUCCCUGGGUAGCAGCCCGGUGGACAGCUUACUGCAAGGACUUAUCGGCGCUUGCGGCAUCGCAGUCCUAUGCAAUUUAAUGAGAGUCCACUUGUUCAUCAAAUGCUUAAGUGAUCCAGAUAUGUGGUCCACUGAGCGGGACAGGCUACGCUUACCUGGCCGCCUUGUGGAAACAGUUCACCUCUGUGUACUCAUGGUCAUCCUUUCCCUGGUUGGAGCCCGUGUUGGAGCUUUAGUAGUCCUUGAAUUUUCUCUCAGAGCUGUAUCUUCCUUGCUGUCAGCUAACCAGGGCAGCCACCACAGCCAGUUGUUUCUGCUUUGCCAAUAUUCUGUAGGUUGUGCUUUGACCACCAGCUUGAGUUUUCUGCAGGAGGGGGCACCCCAUGGCACACUUAACCUGCUACUUAGUGCCGGCUUGGCAUGUCUCCUCAUGUGGCAUACGUCUUCUCUUGUAAAACAUGUGUGCACCAUGUAUGAGUUGCACAGCAAGCAGCGGUACUGUGGUGUUUGCAUCACUCUCCUCACCUCCUGGCAUGCCAUCCCAUCCCUCCUGUCAACUUCUUUAAAGAUAACCUUUGCUGUUGCUGGAAUGGCAUCAAUCUACCUUAUCAACAAGGACUUCCUGUCCACCUCUGAGGCAGUUCGCUUCUGGACUCCACUGACCAUAUGCUACACACUUUUGGUUAUUUACAUGCAAGAAGAACAACAGCAGAAACCCAGUGAACAAAUGGCUUUCCAGACUGUGUUUGUGAGGAUGGGUGGACUGCUUAUUCUUAUGUUGACUGUAGGGAAGUGGCUAGAUGUGAUGCACAUCAUCUUUUCUUUGCUGGGAGAGGUCUGGUGCCUGCUACGAGCCGGAGCCAUGAUGGAAGUUUGUCGAAAACAGGACAGCUUUGAGUUGGAUUAUUCGAGAAGGAGCAGGUCAAGAGGUCAACUAAAUUAUUCACUGGAAAACAGAAGAGAUGCCACAAAUCAAUAAGAUUGAUUAGCUACAUUAUAAGCACGAAUGAAAAUUUAAUACACUGCGGCAUUGGUGUCUCUGUGGGUGAAGACAAUACUUAAUGGCAUUAAGAAAAAAGUGACAAAUUAUAUGUGUACCUAGGGACAUUGUGUCACCCUCUUCCUUUUGUAUUUUCCUCCUGAAUGAAGCAGUGCAGGAAUUUCAAAAGUCAUUGCAUUCAAUCCAUGAAAGUGAUUCAUAAGCAAGCACUAAUUUGCUUACAGGAAGUGGGAGAUAAUAAGCAUAAUGGAAUAACUGAAGAAUAUGCACUGUGUUGGCUUGAGUUAACACCUGAGACAACAGUUUUUGACUAAAUAUUGUCAUGGAGAUAACUUACCAGUUUUAAAGAAGCAGACUUGAAAUUUUGCUCUCCAUGUUCAACAAAGUACCACAAACCUUGGUUAACCAUGAGAAACUAGAGACCAAUAAAUGACAAUGAUUAUUAUGAUGUAAGGCCAACAUAAUAAUCAACUAUGCAAAAGAAAGGCCUGGAUUAAUUUCAAACCUAAGUAUGAUGGUGACUUUCAAAAUAUAUUUAAAAUUACCUUUAAACUUGAUUUGUAAGACUCUAGUAACAUGGCAUUGACGUCUUUUGUUAAAGAUCCUUUGUUUGAAACCGUAAGUGGGGCUUGGUGGCCCUUGAAAAGA